AUGAAGUACUGUUAUGGUAUGCAAACACUCCCUAAAGGCUUUGGCAAUAGCUUGCUAUACUUGCAAUAUUUAAAUCUUUAUGGUUCAGCACUAUGUGAAUUGCCUGAAGAUUUUGGGAAACUAAUUAACCUACGUUUUUUGGGUUUAUCAUCAAUGCUGUCAUGUUUGCCUGAGAAACAGAUUGGUGGGUUGACUUCUCUCCAGGAAUUACAGCUAUAUGAUAGUUUUGAACUGACUGGUUUAGGUGAAGGGAUAGGAAAACUCACUUGCCUCCGAAAGUUGGAAAUUAAACUAUGUCCAAUGCUAACUUCAUUGCCACUUGGCAUGAGAUACCUCCCUGCCCUUGAGCAUCUGAAGAUUAGCUAUUGUUUUGCUCUCAAAUUCUCAGAGGAUAAUGAUUUGCAGGGGCUGAGAAGACUUAAAUCACUAACAUUGGUUGAUCUGCUGCGGUUGGUGAGUUUGCCCAAGGGACUUCAAGAUGCUGCUGACACGCUCAAUCAGCUCAAACUUCGAAGUUAUGAGAACUUGACAACGGUAUCAGAGUUCGUCCUCCCAUGUCUUACAUCACUUCAAGGACUUGAAAUUUAUAAUUGCCCUAAUUUGCUAUCUCUACCAAAGGAGAUGCAACAUCUCACUGAACUACACUGUCUGAGCAUCAAGGGGUGCAAACAAUUGAGUAGAAGAUGUGAGAAGGGAAUAGGAGAGGAUUGGCCCAAGAUUGCUCAUGUCCCUGAAAUUGAAAUUGAUUACAUAUGA